CGUUGCGCGGGGGCUGGCGGGAGCCUGUUACCAAGGCGACGCCUGCAAAGAUGGCUGCUGCGUCUUUGUCGGAUUCCGACAGCGGCCGAACUGAGAGCAAUGAGGCAAGUUCGAAAUGGCUGGACGCACACUACGACCCCAUGGCCAACAUCCAUACCUUUUCCGCCUGCUUGGCGCUGGCAGAUUUGCACGGGGAUGGGGAGUACAAGCUAGUGGUGGGGGACCUUGGCCCCGGUGGGCAGCAUCCCCGCCUGAAGGUGCUCAAGGGACCCACAGUGCUGACUGAAAGUCCUUUACCUGCACUGCCAGCUGCGGCCGCCACCUUCCUCAUGGAGCAACACGAGCCCCGGACGCCAGCUCUAGCACUCGCCUCAGGCCCUUGUGUGUAUGUAUAUAAGAAUCUUAGGCCCUACUUCAAGUUCAGCCUGCCCCAGUUGCCUCCAAACCCCCUGGAGCAAGAUCUUUGGAACCAGGCCAAGGAGGACCGGAUUGACCCCUUGACCCUGAAGGAGAUGCUGGAAGGCAUCCGGGAGAAGGCAGAGGUGCCUUUGUCUGUACAGUCCCUCAGGUUUUUACAGCUGGAGCUGAGUGAAAUGGAGGCAUUUGUGAGCCAGCACAAGUCCAAGUCCAUUAAGCGGCAGACAGUCAUCACCACCAUGACCACCUUAAAGAAGAACCUGGCUGACGAGGAUGCUGUGUCCUGCCUGGUGUUGGGCACCGAGAACAAGGAGCUCCUGGUACUGGACCCGGAGGCCUUCACCAUUUUGACCAAGAUGAGCCUACCCAGUGUGCCCGUCUUCCUGGAGGUUUCUGGCCAAUUCGAUGUGGAGUUCCGGCUUGCCGCCGCCUGCCGCAACGGAAACAUCUAUAUCCUGAGAAGAGACUCCACGCGCCCCAAGUACUGCAUCGAGCUGAGCGCCCAGCCUGUGGGGCUCGUCCGGGUACACAAGGUCCUGGUGGUCGGCAGCACCCAAGAGAGCCUGCAUGGCUUCACCCACAAGGGUAAGAAGCUGUGGACAGUGCAGAUGCCAGCAGCCAUCCUAACCAUGAACCUCCUAGAGCAGCGCUCGCGGGGCCUGCAGGCCGUCAUGGCUGGGCUGGCCAAUGGAGAAGUCCGCAUUUACCAUGAUAAGGCCCUGCUGAAUGUCAUCCGCACCCCGGAUGCAGUGACCAGCCUUUGCUUCGGCCGCUACGGGCGGGAAGACAACACCCUCAUCAUGACUACACGGGGCGGUGGCCUGAUCAUCAAGAUCCUGAAGCGUACAGCGGUGUUUGUGGAAGCAGGAGGUGAGGUGGGCCCCCCACCAGCCCAGGCGAUGAAACUCAGUGUGCCCCGAAAGACUCGGCUUUAUGUGGAUCAGACACUGCGAGAGCGGGAGGCUGGCACCGCCAUGCACAGGGCCUUCCAGACCGACCUCUACCUGCUGCGUCUCCGGGCCGCCCGUGCCUACGUGCAGGCCCUCGAGUCCAGCCUGAACCCUGUGUCCGUGACGGCCCGGGAGCCCCUCAAGCUACACGCUGUGGUUCAGGGCCUGGGCCCCACCUUUAAGCUCACACUUCACCUGCAGAACACGUCAGCAGCCCGACCCAUCCUGGGGCUGCUGGUCUGCUUCCUGUACAACGAGGUGCUCUAUGCUCUGCCCCGGGCCUUCUUCAAGGUCCCCUUGCUGGUGCCAGGACUCAGCUACCCGCUGGAGACCUUUGUGGAGAGUCUCAGUGACAAGGGCAUCUCAGAUAUCAUCAAGGUGCUGGUGCUUCGAGAAGGCCAGAGCGCACCCCUGCUGAGUGCCCAUAUCAACAUGCCUGUGAGUGAGGGGCUGGCAGCCGCCUGACCCCCGAACUGGUGUUGAGAGCCCUGCGGAAUCAGGACCAGGAAGAUACAGCCCCUUGCACCGAGCUGGACAGAGCGAGUGGCCCCAGGCCCAUUCCCCAAUGUUGGGGCUACAGUUUCCUUCUCCCAUGUAUCUCGUUUCUCCCCACCUGGCUGUUGGGUGACCUGUAGAAGCAGGUCAGUGAGUACCCAGGAGGCUCAGCAACUUCCCCUCAGGAAAUCCCAGGCAUUUGCCCCCUGGACGCCUGCUGCUCCUCCAUCUCCCCACUUUUCUCCAGAAAUCACACCCAAGUCUGAAGGAGGAUCUCUGAAGUGGUAAAGGUGAGAGGAGGGGCAUAGGCCCAGCCUUUUCCUUCACUGCUUUCCUUAGACACAUUUACUCGUGUGGCUGCAGAAUUGGCUACGGCCUGACCUGGGAUAAUCAGAGGCUUUUUCUUGAGCAAGACUGAGCCCCCUGUUGCUGCCUGGGGUUCUAGAGGCUUGGCUGAUGCCUAGCUUGGCUUACAGGCAAAUCACAUGCUCCGAUCUCUCCUUGUGAGCUAAACAAGGGACCUUCCUCUUUCUAUUCAGGGGGCCCAGGGAGUGGCUGGCUCCCCACAGGGGGCUUUCCUGAAAUUUGGGCUCAACCAAGGUCUUGGGCCUGUGAUGCUCCAUGACGAAACCCAAGGGAGGAACUGGUGCAGGAGGGCAUAGAGGGCCCGUGCAGGGAGCUAGUGACCCCUGCCCCCACCAGGCUUCUGGAGCCCACACAGCUGCUGUCCUGAUUUGGAUGUUUGUGCCCAGAAAGGGCAUCCCAGGAGAGGAAGGCUCAGUUAGAGCAGAGGUGGGGCUGGGGUGCACGGGCGUUUCUGGGGUCCUGGGGAGGUGCACGGGAGGCAGAAGCCCAGAUGAUUCUUCUGUGCCCUGGAGCCCAGAUCAGUCAUGUCGGUGGGAAGUUCACUGGGCAGUGUGGUCGGGUGAGAGAACGGAGCUGGGAAGGCAUGGGCUGGAGGCACUGAGUGCGGCUUAACCUUGAGGGAAGGCGCAUGCUUAGACCACAAGAACCAGAGACCCACAGUCCUGGCCCUCGGGGCCUCCUGGAGCCCUGGCCGGUCUGCCUGGCCCACCUCUCAGCCCUCUGCAAGGCUGGUGCUACCAGGGCCACCCCGAGCCACUUGUGAGCCAGGACCCUGCCCUUUGAGGGCCUGGAUCUUCCUCUGUCUGACCAGGAGCAGCCUCCCAUGUGGUAGGUAUCUCAGGCGUGUGGGAAGGAACCAACCCCUUCCGGGCUGCUUUCCCCACAUGUAGAAGGAGGCAGUUUGAGCAGAUUCAGCUCUGGCAUCCUGGGAGUUGGGCAGCCCCUCUAGAGGAAAUGAGUCAACUGCAGAAAGGAGAUAUUUGACAGGAUAACUGUAGAGCUCUGGCCCUUGAUACCAAGGGCCCCAACCUAACUGCUGUGCCCAGGCAGUGGCCUCUGUGUCCAGGACACCAGUGAGGGAUUGGCAUCCACAGCUCACAGCCCACCCCCUAACCCUUCCAAGGAAUGCUUUCUGGGACCAGGUUAAGAGAAGCAAGUGGGGGAGGAGGCGGUGCGUGGGUGGCUCAGUCAGUUGAGCAUCUUACUCUUGAUCUCAGGGUGGGGAGUUCAAUCCCUGCGUUGGGAUCCAUGCUGGGUGUGGAGCCUACUUAAAAAAGAGAAAGCAUGAGGUCUGGACCAAAGAGAGAGCCCAUCCCCCUCCUCUGUGCACAGUCUGGCCGCUCGCAGACAUAGAUCAGUUGGAUCAGAACGGUGAAGGGUCUCUAGAUGGAGCCAAGUGGGGCACGGUUGGAGCAAGCAGGCGGUUUACCCGGAAAUGGAGAGAGAAACACAGGGAGUGUCACUGUCAGCCGGAGGGAUUUCAGCUUAACCUGAAGAACUUCCUGAGAGAGCUUAGCAGAGUUGGAAAGACCUGCCCUAGAAGGAAAUGAGCCCCGCGUCUCUGGGACGGGGCUAGCUCUUCGCAGGGUGUGUGUGCUGGGCGACGUGACUGUAGACUCUCUUCUACCCCAAUCAAGGGAUGACUUGUGAACUUGGAACAGAAAGUCUGAUCUGGAUUCUGUUCGUAGCUCUUUCAUGAUGAGGAAAGUGGAGAAACUUCCAAAGCCCAGCGCCUCUUGAGAGUCUGUGUGAUUUGAUACGACGUACCUGUGUGAACUGUGUCCCUGUGGACAAGUGGAACAACAGGAAACCAGGGCGGUGCCUGCCACCCAGGGCCCUCACUAGUCAGAGCUUCAGGAGGCUGUCGACAUUGGGGAUGACGGGGGUUGGUAUCUUUGUAAAAAGUAUUUUUCUAAAAACGUACCUACUUAGAACUAUGGAGUUAGUUUACAAGAAAAUAGCCUCUGCCCAUUACCCACGACUGCUCCCUUGCUAUAGUCAUUUUCAGUUCUCUUAGCUAUUAUUUUUUUCAGUGAUUUCUCUGAGCUCAACAUGAGGCUUGAAUUCACAACCCCAAGAUCAAGAGUCACGGGCUCCACUGACUGAGCCAGCCAGGUGCCCCAUUAGCU